CUCGGGGAGACGGUGUGAAGAAGCCGAGGGUGCGGGCGCUGACCUCCUCCUGUCACAUCUCUCCCCUCAGACAUGGUCCGGGGAAGGCUCCUAGGAGGACAGAGGCUGGGAUCUCGUCCCGGGAGAGGUUGCCUUUGCUUGGAAGGUCUUCGUAAUGGAAAAAGAACAAUGAAAUCUCAAGCAGAUCUCUAGAUGCUAAACUAGACAAACUAAUCCUUAUUUAAUAGUAUUCAUUAUCAGUUUUCUUGUCUGGUACUACAAUACAGCACAACAAUGUAUGGAAGUGCUCGUACAAUCACUAAUUUGGAAGGCAGUCCUUCCAGAUCGCCUCGAUUGCCAAGAUCACCUCGUUUGGGCCACAGAAGAACAAGCAGUGGAGGAACAGGAACAGGUAAAACACUGUCAAUGGAGAAUAUCCAGUCCCUUAACGCAGCCUAUGCAACGUCUGGACCCAUGUACUUGAGUGACCAUGAGGGUGUCGCGUCUACUGCUUUUCCAAAAGGGACUAUGACUCUUGGAAGGGCUACCAAUAGAGCUGUCUAUGGUGGAAGAGUCACAGCCAUGGGAAGCAGUCCAAACAUUGCCUCUGCUGGUCUUUCACACACGGAUGUCCUGUCCUACACUGACCAUAUAGGCUUGAUAAGCUCUCACCAUCAUCACCACCAUCACCAGGUACCUUCUAUGUUAAGACAGGUGAGAGACAACACUAUGCUCGAUCUUCAGGUUCAACUGAAGGAUCUACAGAGGGAAAAUGAGCUUCUGAGAAAAGAGCUGGACAUAAAAGACAGCAAACUUGGAUCUUCCAUGAACAGUAUUAAAACGUUUUGGAGCCCAGAACUUAAGAAGGAAAGAGUCCUUCGAAAGGAGGAGGCUGCAAGGAUGUCUGUUCUGAAGGAGCAAAUGAGAGUAUCUCAUGAGGAAAAUCAGCACUUGCAGUUGACCAUCCAAGCCCUGCAAGAUGAGCUGCGGACUCAGAGGGACCUUAAUCAUCUUCUUCAACAGGAAGGUGGAAACCGAGGGGCAGAGCAUUUCACAAUUGAGCUCACGGAGGAGAAUUUCAGAAGGCUUCAGGCGGAGCAUGACCGGCAGGCCAAAGAACUUUUCCUUCUCAGAAAAACGUUAGAAGAAAUGGAACUGAGGAUAGAAACACAAAAACAGACACUAAGUGCCCGUGAUGAGUCCAUCAAAAAGCUUCUUGAAAUGCUUCAAAGCAAAGGGUUGCCUUCAAAAGGAAUGGAAGAAGAAAACGAGAAAACACGAAGAAUAGUGGAGGCGGAAUCACAGCUUAAUCAUUUAGAAGUGAUUCUAGAUCAAAAGGAUAAAGAAAAUAUUCAUCUAAGAGAGGAGCUGCACAGACGGAAUCAACUCCAGUCCGAAUCGGCCAAGACCAAAGCUCUGCAGACGGUCAUCGAGAUGAAGGAUACCAAAAUAGCGUCCCUGGAAAGAAAUAUGAGGGAUCUAGAGGAUGAAAUCCAAAUCAUUAAAACCAAUGGUGUCCUAAACACAGAAGACCGCGAGGAAGAAAUCAAGCAGAUGGAAGUGUAUAAAAGUCAUUCAAAGUUUAUGAAAAGCAAAAUUGACCAGUUGAAGCUGGAACUGUCAAAGAAGGAAUCUGAACUCCUUGCCUUACAAACCAAGCUGGAGACUCUUGGCAAUCAGAACUCCGACUGCAAACAACACAUUGAAGUACUUAAGGAAUCUCUUACUGCCAAAGAACAGAGGGCUGCGAUCCUUCAGACGGAGGUGGAUGCAUUACGGCUGAGACUGGAAGAGAAGGAAUCCUUUUUAAACAAAAAGACCAAGCAGCUUCAGGACCUCACAGAAGAGAAGGGCACUUUGGCCGGAGAGAUCAGAGAUAUGAAGGAUAUGCUGGAAGUCAAAGAGAGGAAAAUUAAUGUCCUUCAGAAAAAGAUUGAAAAUCUUCAAGAGCAGCUUAGAGACAAAGACAAGCAACUUGGGAACCUGAAAGAUCGAGUCAAAUCCCUGCAGACGGAUUCCAGUAAUACGGACACUGCACUUGCAACCUUGGAAGAGGCCCUCUCUGAGAAGGAGAGAAUUAUCGAACGUUUAAAAGAACAAAGGGAACGAGAUGACAGAGAAAGACUAGAAGAGAUUGAAAACUACAAAAAGGAGAACAAAGAUCUAAAAGAAAAAGUGAACAGUUUGCAGGCAGAGUUGACGGAAAAAGAGACCAGCUUAAUUGAUAUGAAGGAACAUGCAUCUACUCUGGCUUCAUCAGGAGUGAAGCGAGACUCCAAGCUGAAAACUCUAGAAAUGGCCAUCGAGCAGAAGAAGGAGGAAUGUAGUAAGUUGGAAGCCCAGUUGAAGAAGGCUCAUGAGGCUGAAGAGGAGGCCAGGAUGCACCCGGAGCUCAAUGAUCGACUCAAACAACUGGAUAAAGAAGUUUCUUACUACAGAGAGGAGUGCAGCAAAGCCCAAGCUGAGGUGGACAGGCUCUUACAGAUUCUCAAAGAGGUGGAAAGCGAGAAGAAUGACAAAGACAAGCAGAUAGCUGAAUUGGAAAGGAUCAUGAAAGAUCAGAACAAGAAAUCUGUCAAUCUGAAGCACAAUCAUCAAAUGGAGAAGAAAAAGAACACAGAUGACCCUCGCCGGAGGGAUGAUAAUAUACCGGACAACUCGCAACAUCUACAGAUGGAUGAUCUCAUGAAUGCUCUUGAAAAGACAAGACAGGAGCUGGAUUCCACCAAAGCUCGUCUCUCCUCAACUCAACAAUCACUUGCUGACAAGGAAGCACACCUGAACAAUUUGAUGAUAGACCGCAGAAAACAACUUGAAGAGAUCCUGGAGAUGAAGCAGCAAGCUCUGCUGGCGGCAAUCAGUGAAAAAGAUGCCAACAUCGCCUUGCUGGAACUAUCUGGCUCAAAAAAGAAGAAAACACAGGAUGAAGUGAUUGCUCUCAAGAGAGAGAAAGACAGACUAGUCCACCAGCUGAAACAGCAGACUCAGAACAGGAUGAAGCUAAUAGCAGACAACUAUGAAGAUGACCAUCACCACCAUCACCAUCACCACCAUCACCACCAUCAUCGUUCUCCUGGAAGAACGCUCUCUAGCCAUAGACCUUCUCCAGAUCAGGACGACGAGGAGGGCAUAUGGGCAUAACAGCUCCAGCAAACCAAAGUUCCAGUUUUAUUUUGUUGGAUGAUCCCGUCUCUGCCGGAGUCACAUCGUCACGACAAGAUCUCAUGCUGUACAUUGAUCAUCUAUCCAACCUUUGCCUAGAGUGAGAACCCCAGAACUUUGAUCUAUAAUGGGCCAGUUAGGGAAAGAGGAACAGGGGAAGGAGAUGGAAGACAUCUGAUGAAAACAAGGAACAACAUUUAACACCAAAGCAGUUAAGAAACAGCAAGAUUCAGCAGAGAAGUGGAAACCGUUCCAUUGAUCAAUGUGGAUCCUCAUCUUGUUGAUGGAACGCUGCAGAAUACGGCAUCUGUGACUAAUAUGUGGCUGUUGUAUUGUGUUCAGAAGUACAGAUAUGCUGAGCAUCAAAGCAGCGUGUAUUGUGUGUGUAACACAUGGUCUGAACCCACAGGAAGUUCCAGGCAAUUAGAGAGUAAUUCAUAUUGGCGAUGUUCACUCUACAAUAUUGUCAC